AGGGCGCCGAUGGAAGGGAAGCCCCCUAAUGGCACAGGCCCCAUGCACGUGCCUUUGGGGCACGUUGUGGCCAAUGAGAAGUGGCGCGGGUCGCAGCUGGCGCAGGAGAUGCAAGGGAAAGUUAAACUCGUUUUUGAGGCUGGUCUGACACCGGUAGAUUUUUACUUGCCUAGCAGAUCCUGCAUUCUUUAUGUCACCGAAGCUGAUUUGGUGGCAGGAAAUGGCUACAGAAAGAGGCUUGUUCGCGUUAGAAAUUCCAGUAGUCUUCAAGGGAUUGUAGUAGUGGAAAAAACGCAGAUGAGUGAACAGUACUUCCCCGCCAUACAGAAGUUUACUGUGCUGGAUCUUGGGAUGGUGUUGCUUCCAGUGGCCAGCCAGAUGGAGGCGUCCUGCCUCAUUAUCCAGUUAGUUCAAGAGCAAACGAAAGAGCCCAGUAAGAACCCUUUUCUCAGGAAGAAACGGCCGCUGAUCUCUGAGCUGUCCCUCCUCCGAACCGUGCAACAGAUCCCAGGAGUUGGAAAAGUUAAAGCUCCCCUUCUGCUUCAGAAGUUUCCAAGUCUCCAGCAGCUGAGUAAUGCUUCCAUCCAGGACCUGGAGCCAGUGGUCGGACAAGCAGUAGCGCAGCACGUUCACACGUUCUUCACGCAGUCCAGGUGACAGCUCCUCUCAUGGCGCUGCCGUUUUCUCCUUCAGCCCACAAACUACAGGAUCUUGUUUUUUCAUAUUAAAAAAACAAGAAAAGAGACCUCCUCCCACAGCAACUAGUGAAAGAUGAGGCGAGGCCUGCAUGGAACCUGCUGGUUGUCCUGCCCUGCUCUCUGGGUUCAGGCAUUUGAGUGAGUGGGCUCCAGAUGGCACCGCCCUCAUUCUGCUAG